AUGAAUAAAAAAGAACCUAAACUAGAAUAUUUUUAUUGGCACAUGCCCUAUUAUAACGGUGGUGUGCCUGAUUUAACUCGGGCUACUAAAUGUAGUGAAUUUGCCGAGUGCGGAGAGUUUAUCAACGGUCCUCGGCACGGCUAUGAAAAAGCAACCGGCAAAAGAUUUUGCUCGCGUCAUUGUCCGCUGGGUGAUUUAUACGAUAAAAAGUAUCGUCCUAAAAGAUAUGCCGAGCAUGUGAAAAGAUGUAAAGAAAGAG